UACGGAAGCUGAAAGAGCCAUACCACUUACUGCAGUAAUUUUGCAAGGGAUACUACGGUGCCUGCUUAGGUUCAAAUCCAUUCACUCUGACUGGCUACAGGCUCUCGGCAUCUCCGUUUUUCUGUCAGGGCGCUGUGAGACAUGAGCUACGAACAGCGGAGAGGAUGGGGACGAGGACGAGGCGGACGGGGCAGAGCCAGGGGCUUCUCUUCCCAGUACGAAAGCGGCUCUGCGGAGAAUUCGGGAGGUAGAGAGAAACCGCCGCCGCAUCUGAAAGGCCGGGAGAUAGGUUUAUGGUAUGCCCGGAGACAAGGCCAGAAAAGCAAAGAAAAAGAGAGGCUGGAGAGAGCCGUUGUGAAAAUGGAUGAAUCCAGGGAGGAGCACAUUACUCAGCUGCUGAACUCUGUGCAGACACAGAAUAACAAUGAAAGGCCAAGGUGCUCUGAUGAAUCCUGGUGGGAUUCUGACAGUGAACGAAACAACAUCGUUCCUCCUAAACUGAGCCAGCCAACAUCACCUGAAGAAAAGGAUCAUGGGACUUGGUUUAGAAACAACAUGGUUCCUCCUAAACUGAGCCAGCCAGCAUCACCUGAAGAAAAGGAUCAAGAUUGGGAUUCUGAAUAUGCUGCUGAGGAAAAUGAAGCAGGCACAGAUUUGGACCAACAGCUUAGAGAAGAGCUGCAUGAAAAAAGAAACAAUUAUAAAUAUCUUGAAAUGCAGAAAUUUCGUGAGAAGUUGCCUUCCUACAGUAUGAAGGAGAUGAUAAUAAAAAUGAUAAAUUCAAAUCAAGUGACUGUUAUUAGUGGAGAGACUGGCUGUGGGAAGACCACACAAGUAACACAGUUUAUACUGGAUGACCAUAUCAACAGGGGAAAAGGUUCUUCGUGCUACGUUGUAUGUACACAGCCAAGGAGGAUUAGUGCCAUAUCGGUGGCAGAGCGUGUGGCCGCAGAAAGAGGAGAAACUUGCGGAAGAGGAAACAGCACAGGAUACCAAAUUCGCCUUGAAAGUCAGAUGCCACAAAAACAAGGCUCUAUAUUAUAUUGCACAACUGGGAUUGUGAUACAGUGGCUCCAAUCAGACCAGCUCUUGGCCAAUGUCAGCCAUAUUGUUAUAGACGAAAUACAUGAGAGGAACCUUCAAUCUGAUGUUCUCAUGGCAAUUGUUAAAGAUCUUCUAACGUUUCGGUCAAAUUUGAAAGUCAUUUUGAUGAGUGCUACUUUGAAUGCAGAGAAGUUUUCACAGUAUUUUGAUAAUUGCCCAAUGCUGCACAUUCCUGGGUUUACUUACCCUGUUAAAGAGUACUUCCUUGAAGAUGUUAUAGAAAUGGUUCGGUACAUGCCAAAGGAUAGUGACAGGAGGCCCCAGUGGAAGAAACGGUUUAUGCAAGGGCGUAUGGUUUGUCCAGAGAAAGAGGAAAAGGAGGAGCUCUACAGGGAGCGUUGGCCUGAUUUUGUACGGAAACUUCAGAGAAGGUACUCUGAAGGUACCAUUGAAGCUUUGCAACUUGCAGAUGAUGAAAAAGUUGACCUUGACCUUAUUGCAGAACUCAUACGGUACAUUGUUCUGAAGGGGGAGGAUGGUGCAAUCUUGGUUUUUCUGCCAGGAUGGGACAACAUUAGCACCUUACAUGAUCUGCUCAUGUCACAAGUUAUGUUUAAAUCAGAUAAAUUUAUUAUUAUUCCUUUGCAUUCAUUGAUGCCCACUGUAAACCAGACAGAGGUUUUUAAAAGGCCACCACCAGGAGUGAGAAAAAUUGUAAUUGCCACCAACAUUGCAGAGACAAGUAUUACUAUAGAUGACGUGGUACAUGUAAUAGAUGGAGGAAAAAUAAAAGAGACCCACUACGAUACACAAAAUAACAUCAGUACAAUGACUGCAGAAUGGGUUAGCCAUGCCAAUGCCAAGCAAAGGAAAGGCCGUGCAGGCAGAGUUCAACCUGGGCACUGCUACCACCUGUAUAACAGCCUUCGGGAUAGUCUUUUGGAUGACUAUCAAUUACCAGAAAUUGUAAGGAUGCCAUUGGAGGAACUUUGCCUCCAGAUCAAGAUUUUAAAGCUUGGUGGCAUUGGCUCUUUUAUGAGGAAAUUAAUGGAUACCCCAUCUAGAGAGGCAAUAUGUCUGGCAAUUAAUCAUCUUACAGAACUGAAUGCUCUAGAUAAACGUGAAGAAUUAACCCCUUUGGGUUUUCACUUGGCACGAUUACCAGUAGAACCACACAUUGGCAAGAUGAUCCUGUUUGGAGCUCUCUUUUGUUGUCUAGAUCCAGUUCUCACCAUUGCAGCAAGCCUCAGUUUUAAAGAUCCCUUUGUCAUUCCUUUGGGAAAAGAGAAAAUGGCUGAUGCAAGACGGAAGGAAUUGUCCAGGAAUUCAAAAAGUGACCAUCUAACAGUGUUGAAUGCGUUUGAGGGCUGGGAAGAUGCCAAAUGUCGUGGUGGCAGAGCAGAGAGAGACUAUUGCUGGGAAAACUUUCUGUCUUCUAACACAUUAAAGAUGUUGAGUAACAUGAAAGGACAGUUUGCUGAACACCUGCUUAGUGUAGGAUUUGUGAGCAGCAGAAAUCCAAACGACCCUAAAUCAAAUAUCAAUUCAAACAACGAGAAGCUCAUUAAAGCUGUCAUUUGCGCUGGUUUAUAUCCGAAGGUAGCAAAGAUUCGGCCAAGUCUCGGCAAAAAUCGGAAAAUGGUAAAGGUGUAUACAAAAUCCGAUGGCAAGGUUAACAUUCACCCAAAGUCUGUCAAUGUGGAAGAGACAGAAUUUCACUAUUCAUGGCUUGUCUACCAUCUGAAGAUGAGAACUACAAGUAUUUAUCUAUAUGAUUGCACAGAAGUCUCACCAUAUUCACUGCUUUUCUUUGGGGGAGACAUUUCAAUCCAGAAAGACAAAGAGCAGGAUACUAUUGCCGUGGAUGAAUGGAUUGUGUUUCAGUCCCCUGCAAGGAUUGCACAUCUAGUGAAGGAUUUGAAGUCAGAACUUGAUGUCCUAUUAAAAGAGAAGAUUGAGAAUCCUCAGCCUGUUGACUGGAAGGAAACAAAAUCCAGAGACUGCGCUGUCCUAACUGCCAUCAUCGAUCUCAUAACAACACAAGAAAACCAAGAAGAAAAAAGCUUUGCUGCUGGUUACCAGGGGGGAUAUAAUAGGUGAUAGUGCAGAGCAAGAAUAGGGCACUUGUGUUGUGGUAACGGGAUACAGUUCCCUUGGGAAACCCUCCCACACCAGUCCCUUGUAUAAAGGCAAGCUGUACACACAAUACCUGAAUUAUUACUGUCUUGGUGGCACAGAGUUGUGUUAUUUGUAACAGUUAAAGAUGGCUCUUGCCUGUAAUGUACAUACCUUGUUAGUAAGCAACGUUCAUUUUCAUAAAUGUAACUUUUUGUUUACAAGAAUGAUCCUCCAUUGCAAUAUGGAAGUUUAAAUGUAAAAUGUAGCUGCGUUUCUAGAUCACUGUUGAUCUGUAUUUUGCUGAACCGCCACUCAGCAUCUCCCAGAAAGCCGUCACGCGUUAUUCUUAUUGGCAAGUUGGGUUUUUGUUUAGUUCCAUUUCCCAUAGCCAUAAGUAAGGCUUGUCCUUUGGAGAAAUCGAUUUCAAAGACCUCUGAGAACACUGUUGUUCUGAGGCAGGGAAAGUAGCUUGGGUUUGUGAGAAUGUCCUAUUGGCAGCGGUACAGUAGCAAGGCCCUGCACUACUUGCCCAUUUAUUUUAACAGAAAAGUUGGUUCUUUUAAGUUAGUCUGGCAUUGUCCUUAAGUUUCACACGGAUUACUAUUGGAUUCAGGACUGGGUCAAUUAAGGAUAUUGUUGUUGAGUCCCGCCACUAUGUGUGCAGUGUGCUGCUGGAAAGUGUCAUUUAUCUCAUUAGUUCAAUGAGUUUGGCAGCCUGGAAAAGAUUUGUCUCUGUCUUUGCUUUGCACCAUCCAUUCACAUACCAUUCAUUAUAAUGUAAUCUUGUUCCUUAAAGUAACCCCCGCUCCUCUAUUGAUGUGUAGGCCCAAUGAAUAUCUGUCAUAGCACUAAUAUAUGCUCUACCAUUUAAA